AUGAAGAAGAACAUCAUAAACGAGUGGUGGAACAUGGUGGUGCUGAAUCGGGAGCAGGUGCCCUUGUCGCACUACGUCAGCCUGCCUGGAGCUGCUGAAUCGGAAGCUGCCGUUCGGACUGGAGAAAGGAUGGUGGCGUCGCUCUGCUGGUUCAGCUCUGCAAAAACGUUGUCUCAGUGGCGGACUACUGGCUGCGGCAACAGGCUGCAGUGGUGGCGCAAGUUUGCUCAGGUCCCGUCUGGAUUCAGCAGCAGCGAUCACCAAGAUGGCGAGGGAGCGAAGAUGCUUCUUAUAAACUACAACUUUCCCUGGGGGAAGGAAGCGGUGGAGACGCUGCGCAUGAUGGAUGACUCCGCCCUCACACAGGUGCAUGCGGGGGCCGACGCCAAACUCCACGGUCGGGACAGCAGGCGGUCCAUCAUCCCGCACGUGGUGUGGCUGAGCAGCGAUCUGGACCUGGGUUUGCUGGCGUACCUGUCAGACGCGCUGUCCCCGCGGGGGAAGGAGCAGCGGUUGGCGGUGUUGAAGAUUCACCCGUCGUUGACACCCGUUAAAGUGGCGGUGGAUUUGGGGAAGGGCCCGGCGGUGGAUCUACGGCUGGUUUGUCAGGGGUUGUCGGCGGAGCUGCGGGGGAGUGGGAUCGCCGUCUGGCCCGGAUACUUGGACACGGUGCAGACGUCGAUGGAGCAGCUGUUCGUGAAGUACGAUGAGAUGGGCGUCAUGUUCACGGUGCUGGUGAGUGACAUCACGCUGGAAAGCGGCCUGCUCCACCUGCGCAACCGCGACACCACAAUUAAAGAGACAGUACACAUCUCAAAACUGACAGCGUUCCUGACUCAGCAGGUGACCGCCGCCAGCAGACUGUGAGAAAGUAAAAU